UUUUGUGUGCGGACAGAAGCACGAGUAGUGCGGUCGAUUCGGAGCUGAGAGAUGCGCAGGUGGCGAGGAAUGGGGGCGAGGAGGAGGUACAGCCAGCUGGGAGGUGGCAAAGAGGCUGAUGUGUUGCGGAGGUCUGAGUGGUACAUACCGGUGAGAUGGGAGAAGCCUUCGGCGGCGCAGGUGGCGAGUCACAGGCUGUUGUCUCAGGCUGGUUACAUAAAAAAGCAAAGUGCAGGGGUUUACGCAUAUUUACCGUUGGGCCAGAGGACGUUAGAGAAGGUGAUAGGGGUGAUUGACAGAGAAAUGAAAAAAAUAGGUGGUUUGAAGGUGUCCAUGCCGAAGAUGCAGGCCAAGUCUUUGUGGAUGAAGACAAAUCGCUGGGCGGACAUGGGCAAUGAAUUGGUAAGGGUCGUAGAUCGGAGGGGGGAUGAGUAUUGUAUGGCGCCUACUAGCGAGGAGGCGGUGACGUGGACGUUGAGCACGGACCUGUCGUCUGCGAGGCAAUUGCCCAUGAAGUUGUAUCAGAUAGGGGACAAAUACCGUGAUGAGGUGAGGCCGAGGUUCGGGCUCUUGCGCGCGAAAGAGUUUUUGAUGAAGGACAUGUAUUCUUUUGACGUGGAUGCGGAUGCGGCGAUGAAGGCUUAUUGGUGCAUUAUGAGGGGUUAUGAGGAAGUGAUGAGGAAGUUUGAAGUGCCGUACGUAAUAUCAGACGCGGACAGUGGAAAUAUUGGUGGGAAUUUGAGUCACGAGGUGCACAUUUUGAGCGACAUUGGAGAAGACACAUUGUUGAAGUGCGGGUGUGGGAACUAUUACGCGAACGUAGAGAAGGCGAUAGGUCGAAAGAAGGUGAGAGGGGGGGCGAUAAAAGCGAAUAGGGCAGAAGAGUACCAGGGGUUGAUUGAGUGGGAGCAGAUGUUGGAUUAUUUAUUAAAAAAGAGGGUGGAGUGGGGUCUGAAGUUGACUUUGUUUGAAUCCGACGGGCGAAUGGUGAUGACGUUGACGGACGGAAUUGUGAAUGAGUAUUCGGUGAGGGCGAUUGCUUCUUUAGGGAGAGGCACGACGUCGACAGAGGAAAUUGGACGGGACCAGUUGGAGAGGCUUCGGUUGCUCGCGUUUGAAGACAGGGCGAUGUUGAUAGAUACUGAGUUGGUGGAAGAGGGCAAUUCCGACGGUUUUUUGUCUCACCUGAAAUCUUUUUUUUUCGAGUUCAGAACGGUUCGGAUUCGAUUGGCCGAGCAGGGGGACCGGUGUCCCGGUCCCUCGGUGGUCAGCGGAUGCACUGACGAUGGCGUGCUGAAGGCGUGCAAGGGGAUUGAAACGGGUCACUUGUUUUAUUUGGGUACAAAGUACUCUGCGCGCUUUCAACUUACAGUGAACAGCGGGGGCGGCCGCGUGCCUGUUUGCAUGGGUUGUUACGGGAUUGGCGUGUCUAGAAUGGUUGCUGCGAUUGCCGAGGUUCAUCAUGAUGAUUUUGGGUUGAGGUGGCCGAACGCGGUUGCGCCUUUUUUGGUGGUGGUCGUUUCCGUGCCGGGGUUCGAGAAGGAUGCCCUUGAAGUCUACCGCCUGCUCAAUGCCAUUGAUUGUUUGAGCGGAGAGGUUAUUUUGGAUGACCGAGAGAGCGAGGGGCUUGGUUACAAGCUGAGAGAGGCCAGGUUGAUUGGCGUGCCAUAUCACUGCAUUGUGGGCGGGUGCAUUAGACAGGGACAGGUGCAAUUGGAGUCUAGGGUGUCUGGUGCGCGGGACCAGGUGAGCGUUGCGCGAAUCAGGGAAUACUUCGUUGACAGGAUUGCCUGAGCAGCGGGGUUUCAAGGGCGCGGGGUCUGGGCCUGUCACGGGGUGCUACAGAAUUUUUUCUUUUUUUUUUUAUUGUGUUUUAUCUUCGUUUGGUCGACGCGAUUGAGUUGAAUCCCAUGACACGCAGCAUUUCGUCUUGUUCGUCCUCUGCUGGUUCUGCGUCGGGAGAUUCGCUUAGUUUUCUCUGUUUGGGCGUUUUUUCGUCGUGGUUUUCUUCGGGCGGAGUGGGCUCGGCGACGCAGUUCAGCUCCUUCCUCAGAGCUCGGUAUCUGUUGAGUUCUUGGAGUUUCGUCCGCUUGCCGGAGUUGAGUCGUUCGAGGACCUCUGGGAGGGUGGAUUUUUUGGUGUAGAGGCUCACGCCCUGUUUUCGGAGGUGUUUCUUGCCGUUUUGGUGGUCGAUAUAGCUCGUGGAGUCUCGAAGCAGGACGUCGCACAGUUCGCAAUAAAAGCCGCCGCUGGAGCGGUCCUUGUCGUUGA